AUGGAGUGCGGUGUGAGGCAGGGGGGGCUGACCUCUCCGAGGCUCUUCAACCUGUACGUAGACGCACUGGUUCGGGAGCUCAGCGGCAUGUGUGUCGGUUGCCAUAUUGGAAAAGUGUGCGUUAACAACAUCAGUUACGCAGACGACAUGGUCCUGCUGGCGCCCUCGGUCAGUGCGUUAAGAGCGCUUCUCGGAGUUUGUGAAGGUUUCGCUGUCUCGCAUGGUUUGCUAUACAAUGCCAAGAAGUCUCAGUUCAUGGUAUUUAAGGCUGGCAGUAAAUGCCCUAAUGUAGUUCCCCCUAUAAAACUCUACGAUGAACCCUUAGAAAGAGUUUAUAAAUUUAAAUAUCUUGGACAUAUCGUGACUGACAGCCUUAAAGACGAUGAAGAUAUUGAUAGGGAACGUAGGGCGCUGUCGGUCAGGGCGAAUAUCUUAUGGACCAACUAUACCAAAAAGGCCUACAGUGCUCUGCGUGUCCAAUACAAUAACGCCUUCAGGGCGCUGUUGCGGCUGCCGCGGUUUUGUAGUGCGUCUGCGAUGUUUGCGUUGGCGGGCGUAGAUAGCUUUGAAGCUAUAAUGCGCAAAAAGUGCGCAUCAUUACUGCACAGAGUGCGCGGCAGCUGCCACAGCGUACUGAAGGAGAUAGCCGAUAGUGGGGAUUGUCCACUGAUCGGCCACAUGCUCAGCAGGACGAAGUCUGUUUUAGAAAUAAGAUACUAA